AUGUUCGGCGGCCGCCGUGCCUGGUUCUCCCGCAGCGUCAGCCCGCACCUGCAGGAGCUGUGGGAGGCCGAGGGGGGGACGCUGGCCCGGCGCGAGGACGCCCAUUUCCUCUUCAGCAGCGACGCCACGCACCCCGACACAAGGAGAGUACAUGAGAGCCAAGAUUACUUGGACGGCAGAGCGACGGUUUUUCACUCUUGUUAUCUCUCCGCAUGGGCAAAUACCAGCUCGGAAAUGAAACAGUCAGUAGCGCUGGGUCACUUCAUUCUGCCACCUGCUUGCUUGCAAGAAGAAAUCAGAAGAAAAAUCGGUAGUUUUAUUUGGGAGCAGAUGGACGACCCCCCUGUGGAAAAGUCACCGCGCAGCAAAAGUCUACUUGAGGAACCAGASGUGGGGAGGAAGGACAGCGAGCAGGAGGUGGAAGGUGCACUAGAUCCGCCUGAAAGCGGUGAACGCAAGCCAGAUUCCAGAGAAACAAGCCAGGGGGAAUUCGCGUACCACGCGCUUCAGGAAUACCCGGUGAAUAACAUGGUGACAGGCUACCCCGCUGCUUGCGACAUGAAGAAAUACGCCGGGGAGCUACGCGAUUUCACUCCUGGCACCUCGGGAUACACAGCCUACUGGAUCCAGAACGACACCAACAUUCGCUCUGGGGCGAAAAACAAGAGAAAACGAUAAGUAACGGGUGGAUGGUUCCCAAAAAGAGCUCGAUUCAGCUCUGCCAGAGUGUUACUGGGCACGUGGGGCUCCACUCCGUUAACAACCCACAGUUAGACUUCUGGCUACCUACUUGUUCUCUCUGUUCUUCAGCUGGGUGGUUAUUUGCGCUCUCGGUCUAUGUACUUACUGUGUUUUGGUUAGACAGUGAAGAGAUCGGUGGAAUUGACCUGGA